GUUUGUCGUGAUCGACUCCUGGUAGCGUAAAUGCUUCAUGACUCCUCCCAAGCUGCACAUCAGCGUGCAUGAGUCCAACCCUGGGAGGCGAAUGACACUUGACAAUGAACAGCCGCGCAGGCAGGCAUCUAAAAGACCAGGUCAGGCUCCUCCUAUAAAUCAUCCCGGGCAGCGCAGCCGGCGCCAUGCCGAGGGGCCAAACACCUCGAGCAGCAGCGGCUGGUGGAGCGAGCGGUAGCAGCGCAGGCACGAUGCUUGGGACGAUAGGAGAGAGGCGGACGAGCAGAUGAUGCUGGCCACCACACCGCAGCGGGCGGCGCUGCAGGCGGGGCAGCGGGCGGCAGGAUUCCAGCAGGUUCAGGCGCGGGUGGACAGCACGGAGCCACUGCGCUGCUGGCUCAGAAGGUUUGGUGGAGAUGUUCCGGCUGUUGCAGCUCAAAGACGGCGUCGGUGGGCAUGAGUUUGUGCGAUGUGCCCAGCUGCUGGACACCAGCGACCCCUUUGGCAAUUGCUUCAUUUGUGCCAGUACGUUCCGCGCCGCGCUGAACGACGGAACCCUUAUUGGGCUGUACCGCCUGGCCGUGAUGCUUGAUGCCUGCCUUAAGCCCUGCCACUUUGCGAUGGCCGGCCGCUCGCAGCCACAUUGCCCCAGUAUUUACACUUUUCUGGCUGCUGUGGCAAGGGGCGUGAUCAGCGACUUCGAGUCGGGCAAGCUGAACAGCGAGGCGCAGCAACGCUGGGCCGAGAAUUGCGCCGCCAGCGAGGCGAGUGGCGCCUGCAGCAGCAAUCUAACAUGCAGCCGCCCCUCUGCUAGCGCGCGCGGCGUGGUUGAUGUGUCUGGUUUAGCGGGCGUGUUCUGCAACCAUUGCGUGGCUGGGUGCGAUGCCAUGCUGGCAAUGCGCACUCCCGAGCAGUGGGAGUACCACAUCCGCACUUUCACCAGCGUGUUGCUGCGCCGGCCAGACAUCGCGGACGCCUACAUCGACAUCGGCUGCCGCCUGAAAGCAAGCCUGCUAGCGGCGCUGCAGCGCCAUGUGGACGCUGGUGACCUGGCACCUGGGGUUUUGGAGAAGCUGAAUGUGAUGGUGCCGUGGAUGCAUGCAUUUGACCUUGACGUGCCCUGCCAGCUGCAGUUCAGCGGCUUGUACCAGGAAGGCGUGGGUCGCCGUGUUGGAGAGCAGUCUGAGCAGGUUUGGUCGCGUGUGAAGCCUUUCUCUCUUGUCGCGCGCUACAUGGCGCCCCCCCGGGAUGGCUACAACUCGUUGUUCGCACUGCUGGGGCAGCUGGUGCAGCGUGACCUGCCGCAGCUGCUGGAAAAGAAGCUGAAGAACAUUGGCAACACCAUUAGUCAGCACGAGAAGGGGAUUGAGGACUUGAGAGCCGAGGCCUCCGCUGUUGGCGUGGCUGAUCUGGAGGCAGCGCUGGCUUCUCUUCAACCCAGCGGGCCGGCAUCGACUGUUGGCAUCAGCACACAGGUGCGCUAUGUUGAGGCGCUGAUGAGAUGGAACGCGCACCAGAAGAUGCGCAAGCAGAAGAUGGGCUUGAGCAUGGUCCUGCAGGGCCCGAUGGCUGUGCAUGUACAUGCCAAGGCCAGCGACAACAAGAAGGAGGAGCAGUUGCGCAAGGCGGUCGUUGCAUGCAAGAUGGAGCUUCAGAUUGAUCCUGGCAAGCUUGCUGGGCCCCAUCAGCGUUGGGCCCCAGGGCAGGAAGAGUAUGAUACUGGUGCCAGACAGGUGGCCCUCCGAGUGUGCAUAGCCGAGGCGCGCGAGAUUCAGGAUCGCGUGUUCAGGAUCAAGAUGAAAAAACAAGACGAGGCGCAGGAGAGCGGCAACGCUGCCACAAAGAUGGGCAGGAAAAUCAGCAAGCUGCGCAGCGAGGCCGAGCAGCACCUGCAGCUGUACCUGGAGUGGCAGGCCAAGCUUGACGGCGGAGGUGGUUAG